CUCUGGAGUCUACAUUUAUUUAGUGUUUCUUGGACGCCGGGUUAAAUUAAUAUGCCGGAAAAAUGCACUUAAAUCUCGCAGUUAAAUGGUUAUGGAUUGCUUCACUGUAACUUCCAAAUCAUAAGAAACAUACCUGCCUUGAGAGAAAAGAGUGAAGACAGAUCGACCGCUUCUCCUCGUGUUAGUUUUUGCCUCUGCUCACCAGGAUUAUAUGGCACUAGACAUUUGGAAAUAUCCUUGGUUGUAGAGAGUUGGAUGCUUUGUUUCCAGAUUCUGUUGUCGCUUCUGCGAUGAUAAUUAAAACAAGCUGAAUUGAACCAAACCGAACCCUCAAAGGUCACCCUCAGUAAUAUCAACCUAUGGUUUGCCUUUACAAUCAGUUGUCUUCAAUUGCAAAACAGUAAACGCUGUUGACCGACGUGGUAAAACAUCGGACACCUGCACAAGAGGGUGAGGAAAGUUUGGAGAGAAUGUCGAGUCGCAGGGUGAAGCAUGAGCUACCAGUGUACUGAUUUGAGACUGCCGAAUCUGAUGAGUCUAUGGGUGUGUGUAGUACUAUGCCUUCACUGCUGGGUUGUAGCCCCUGUGGCAGCCUCUCACGAUGUCGCUGGUCCAUUUGGGUGGCUCCUUUCAGAUAAAGGGCCUUUUCAUCACUCACAGGAAUUCGCUGAAUUCGUGGAGCGCUACCAACAAGGCUUCACAACCAAAUACAAGAUUUACAGAGAGUUUGGGCGCUGGAAAGUGAAUAAUUUGGCUCUGGAGAGAGAGGACAAUGGCGUGGCUCUACCGCUCGAUCCAGAGUUCAUGCAGACCAUUAGACAUCUGGGCCACCGACCCACCCUCAGUGCCAUUACCGAGAACAUCAUCAGAAAAUAUGGCACACACUUUCUGCUUACAGCUACACUUGGAGGUGAAGAAGCUUUGACUAUAUUUGUGAACAAAAGGAGGCUAAGCCGGACGGCAGACCUGACUAACUCAAAUGGCACGGCUGUGACUCUGGAGGCCCUCCACCAGCUGGCUGCCUCCUACUUCAUAGACAGAGAGAGCACUUUGCGAAAACUGCACCUUCUCCAGAUCGCUUCCACUGCCCUCAAGGUGACCGAAACAAGGACAGGCCCUCUUGGAUGCAGUAACUAUGACAACCUUGAUUCUGUCAGUUCCGUUUUGGUUCAGAGUCCUGAGAACAAAAUUCAUCUACAAGGGCUUCAGACCAUUCUACCAGAGUACCUAAGGAGCCGCUUUGUGGUGGCAGCUCUCAGCUAUAUUGGUUGCCACUCAGAGGGCGAGUUUGUGUGCAGAGAUAACGACUGCUGGUGCAAAUGCACUGUUGAUUAUCCCCAGUGCAACUGUCCCAGUGAAGACCUGACAGCUAUGCAGGACAGUCUGGAACUCAUCAGAGAAUCCUGGGUACAAUCCAACCAAGAGUUUGAAGAAUCUGAGGAGUUCCAAAAUUAUGUGAGGAGAUUACCAACUUUCUACUCUCUGAACACAUCUGCUGUGCUAUACUUCUGGAAGAUGGAUCCUGUCGUUCAGCAACGUUUUCAGCUCUUGGAGAGUAGCACACAGCAGAUGCUCAGCAAAGCACACCGGAUUGUCAUCAAACUCUUCAAACUCAGCAAAAGGUGUCGAACUCAACCCAAAAUAUCUGUGCCCAGGCAGAGGCCUCUCAGCUAUUGGCUGAGGUAUGUCCUCUCCAUCAUGUACUGCAGUGAGAACAAUCAGAUAGGCUCCUACAAGGAGGAAAUCAAGACCUGCUCCUGUCAUUAUGAGCACCCAUCCUGUCAGGGCAUUAUCCCGUGCUCUGUCGGCGACGGACCUCACUGCGCCUCCUGUUCCUAUGAGAAUCGUUCCCGCUGUGCGAGCUGUAAUCCAGGCUUCAUGCUGAGCCAAGGGACCUGUAGGAAUACAAUCCCGGAUUCUACUGACAACUACAUUGGUUUCGAAACAGACCUCCAAGACCUGGAGCUGCGCUAUCUCCUGCAAAAGAAAGACGGGCGAAUUAGUAUUCACGCCAUGUUCAUAAGCAAUGAUGUCAGACUCAACAACUGGUUUGACCCCAGCUGGAGAAAGAGAAUACUGUUGACACUCAAGAGCAACAAGUUCAAGUCCACUCAUGUUCACAUGCUCCUAGGGAUCUCCCUGCAGAUAUGCCUUACUAAGAACAGCACCCUGGAUCCUGUGCUGUCUGUCUACAUCAACCCAUUUGGAGGUAGUCAUUCAGAGAGCUGGAUCAUGCCCAUUGACCAGAAUAGCUACCCUGACUGGGAAAGGACCAAGUUAGACAUCCCGCUUGACUGUUAUAAUUGGUCCCUGACUCUGGGUAACAAGUGGAAGACCUUUUUUGAGACUGUACAUAUUUACCUGAGGAGCCGGGUUAAAUCAGCUCAGGGGAAUGGCACUGCCCCGUUUGAGCCAUUGGAAUACAUGGACUCCUCACAUAACCUUGGCUACAUGAAAAUAAACAGUCUGCAGGUGUUUGGUUACAGUAUGCAGUUUGAUCCAGAUGCCAUCCAGGACUUGAUCCUGCAGCUAGACUAUCCAUACACACAAGGAUCACAGGACUCUGCCUUGCUACAGCUGCUGGAAAUAAGAGACCGGGUGAACAGACUGUCUCCACCGGGCCAGCAGCCUCUGGACCUGUUCUCCUGCUUAUUGCGCCACCGUCUCAAACUCUCCACCACUGAAGUGGUCCGUAUCCAGGCUGCUCUUCAGGCCUUCAGUGCCAAGCAGCCCAAUUCAAUGGAGUAUGAAACUACCAAACUAUGUAGCUAGUAAGGCACUUCAAUGUAACAGUAUAUUUAUAGUUGUUUCAUUAACUGUAGUAAAUGGCCUAGUAUUCCUUCGGAAGGAACAACAGACUGCUACUUGGAUAGUGUUGAUGGUCCAGAUAUUUUUUUAUAAAUUUUAUUAUUUUAUUUUAUUUUUCUGUUAGUUUGAAGCACUGAUGUAAUGGACCAAUUCAGAAGAAGGGCCAACUCCAGUGCAAUGUGUUGUGUUAUGACUCAAUAGCGUGGGGAGCCUUUUUUUAUUUUUUCAUUUUCAUGUUGCACUUCUGAAAUUAGAAUCACCGCCAGUCCUGAUAAACAAUGCAUAGAACACAUGAACAUGCGUGAAUUUUAUUUUUCAUCUCUUCAUUCUUUGUGAGCUAAACAGAGGAAGUAAACAUGUGGUGAGCCAAACCUUGUUAGUGUAAUCAGGCUCCCCCACUGUGUCUGGGCAAAAUUCUGACAUGUUUAUUGUCAUUGUUUUCUUUUGUAUGCCUGUCAACAAUUUAACUCAAAAAUAUCAGCGUAGUAAUCAAAAAUAGAUGUUUUUUUCAAGGUGUUUAUUGCAAUAUGAAUGUAGGAGGAAAUCACACAAAAUACACAAGUUACGUAUUAUAUAUUCUGUUUCAUGUAAAUGUAUUUUUAUAAAAAUAAAUUAUUUGUGACAAGCUACUGAAGAAAAUGUCCAUAAAAUGUAUAGA